CCAUGUUCUGUGUUGUCGAGGCGAGCGGCUAGCUGUUCCAGCGGAGUGUACGGCGACAUGCAGGCACAGCUGGGCGCCAUCAGUGAUCUCAACGCACGAGUAGGGCAGUAGCGCACACUCCCGAACCUUCUCCAAGCGCAUUGGUGGCCGAGUGUCAAAAUACAUCUCGUGUAACCCACAUUAACAGCAUGGACGUAAGUGCAUUAUGGCUGCUGGCUGCGGUGCAGCUGGUGGCUGGAGAGUACAUCCCGCCAGGACCCAGGUACCGCUGCCCCGACAAGCCACUACUGCUCUACCCUUGCAAGUGCAUAAGGAGUGGUGACGAGGGCAUUGGUGUGCUUUGCGAGAACACCAACCUCGCCUCAGUGUCCGUGGGUCUCGCCAACCUUGCCAGCCUCAAGUUGCCCAUCCAUGACCUGACCUUCUACAAGUGCAACAUGGGCAAGCUGUACGGCAGCCUCCUGUAUCAGCUGAGAGCCAGAGUGCUGAGGAUUGAGGACACGCCAAUCACGUCCAUCGCACCUCACACCUUCCACGGCAUCAACAGAACCCUGCAGGAGCUACACAUCCUGCGGUCACAACUGCAGGAGUUCCCCUCAGAAGCAUUCCAGAUACUGGGCAAUGUGACGUGGCUGCGGCUGGAGGGUCACCGGCUGCGCGCAAUGCCGAGGAAUGCGUUCGGCGGCGGGUCCCUGCCGGGCCGCCUGGAGCGGCUCUCGCUGGUGGGGGGGUCGCUGUCAGAGCUGCCCCCAGAAGCGCUGGCACCGUUGCGCCGCCUCAAGGUCCUGGACUUGCACGCCAACAACCUCACGCAGCUUCGCAAGAACCAGUUCAAGGGCCUGCGUGAUGCGGAGGUGGUAGACCUGUCUUUCAACAACCUCUCCAAGAUCGAUGCCUCACACUUCGCCGACCUGAACAAGAUGUCGUGGUGUAACCUGUCCCACAACGCCAUCGCUGACCUUCCCAGGGGCACCUUUGCGCGCAACACGGUGUUGCGUGUGCUCAACCUGAGCGGAAACAAGCUUCGCAAGCUAGACGCCAACACUUUUCGUGGCAUGCGCUUUAUCCGGCGCCUGUACUUCAGCGACAACUCGAUCGCAAACGUGGGUCGUGGAACGUUCGGCGCGGUCACGCGCAUCGGCACCAUCGACCUGGCACGCAAUCGACUGCGUACCAUCGACUACCAGAUGUUCCACCAGCUGAACUUCGUGGAGGUGAUUGACGUGUCUGGCAACGAGGUGACGGAGGUCCAGAAGCUAGCUUUCAAGGACCUGUUCUUGGUCAGUAUAAACAUAUCGCACAACCUCAUCAGCAAGAUUGAGCCGGGAGCCUUCGAGAACUGCGCCAACAUAACGGUGCUGGAUCUGUCACACAACAAGCUGCAGGCUCUUCCACGGACCGCCUUCGACAGCUCCACGUACGCCACUGAGCUGCUGCUGUCGCACAACCAGUUCACUGACCUGUCUCAGGUUCCACUGCACAACAUGACCGGCUUGAAGAUCCUGAAUGCGAGCCACAAUGCCAUCGAGACGAUCCCACGCAACACCUUCCCCAAGCUGUACGAGCUGCACACCAUCGACCUGAGCCACAACCGCCUCAGGGAAGUGUGGAACGGCGUGUUCCAGACCUUGUUCAGCCUCCGCUCGCUCAACAUGAGCCACAACUCCCUGCAGGCGGUGAAGGGCUCCACGUUCGGCGCGCUGCACACUCUUCUCGAGCUCGACCUCAGCCACAACAACAUCUCCGACAUGAACAAGGUGGCGCUGGCCCGGCUGUCGUCUCUCAGGAUGCUACAGCUGCAGAGGAACGCCUUGUCGCGAGUGUUCCAGCUGCCAAUCUCGCUGUCCAGCCUCUUCCUCAGCCACAACUCCCUGCAGAGGAUAGAGCCUCUCACCACGUGGCCCGUCAUGAACUCCCUGCUGCUGCUUGACCUCGGCUACAACCGACUCGGCGACUCUCUGCAGAGGGGCUCGUUCGCCAACCUGCUGACCCUGCAGACCCUGGACCUGGCAGGCAACGGGCUGAGCGCGCCUCCCUGGGAGAGCCUCGCCGACAUGUCCACUCUGCAGUACCUGUACCUGCAGGAAAAUAACCUUACUUUCCUAUCUAAGGGAGCAUUUGGUCGACUACCAGUGGUGUUCGAACUGAACCUCGCAAAUAAUAACAUUAACAACAUAAGCACAAGGGCUUUUGAAGGUCUCCUGCAACUCCUUACACUAAAUCUCACUGGGAACAAUUUAUUCAGCAUUCCCAACGGAGCAUUCCAGGGGUUGGUAUCUCUUCGAACGUUGGACUUGUCUUAUAACAAAUUAGAAAAGCUGGACAAUAAAACAAACAGUUUACUAGAAGACUGUCUCUCGUUAGAAAAUGUUAACCUCAGCCACAACCGCAUUUCCUUCGUAACAAGGAAGACUUUCCCCAGCAGUCCUUGGAUCCCGUACCGCCUGCGCCAGGUUGAUCUGAGUCACAACACCAUGCCGGUGCUGACCUUUGACCUGACAGUGGGCACGGCCAAACUGGAGGUCCUCAAUGUCAGCUACAAUGCGAUAAAUGAGAUCAGAAGAUAUGUCCUCGGCAACAUGACGGCGCUGCGUGUGCUCGACAUGUCGCACAACCAGCUACAAGACCUGCCCGACUGGGCGCUGGGUCCCCCUCGCAACCUCUCCGAGCUCCGCCUGGCGCACAACAGCCUCUCGCGCCUGCCGUCAGAGGCGCUGCUGUCGCUGCGAGGGCGUCUCUCCCUGCUGGACGCCAGCCACAACCUGCUGCGGCGCUUCCAGCACGAGCUCAUGCCGCUGGCGCAGAACAGCACCGUCGUGUGCCUGCGCGGCAACCCUCUGGAGUGCAGCUGCACGGUGCGGCCCUUGAAGCAGUGGCUGUCGGCGCAGACCAGCCCGAGCGACACGUACGCCAACCUGACCUGCUCGGCGCCUGACUUCCUGGCCGGUCGCCUGCUGGCCGAGGUGUCUGAGGACCGCAUGACCUGCCCGGACAAGGACCCCGCCAGUAGCGAUGCCCAGCUGGCUGUCAAUCCCGACAUCAAGUUCAGAGACAUCAGUCGGUCUGCCGGCGGUGAGAUCUCGGCCACGUGGUUUGUGACGACUCGGGACGAUGUGGGCGCCUUCCACCUGCUGGUGCGUGACACGGCCUCCCGCGGCGCUCCGCCUGUGUACGAGCAGGACCUGCCUUAUUCGGCCCGCAGCCACGUGGUUCCCAGGCUGUCCGCCGUGCAAGCUGGCGCGCCUCUGGAGCUCUGUGUCCUGGCGCAGGACAGCACAGGCGCGUCUCGCCGCUGGCGGGCCGGCCAGUGCCGCUCCCUGGGCGAGGCCGUGUCUACCGCGGCGCAGACACUGCCCGGCUGCGCGCUGCUCUGCGCCCUCGCUCUGCUGGGCAGCUGGUCCACAUGCUAGUCUCCUGGCGCAGGACAGCACAGGCGCGUCUCGCCGCUGGCGGGCCGGCCAGUGCCGCUCCCUGGGCGAGGCCGUGUCUACCGCGGCGCAGACACUGCCUGGCUGCGCGCUGCUCUGCGCCCUCGCUCUGCUGGGCAGCUGGUCCACAUGCUAGUCUCCUGGCACAGGACAGCACAGGCGCGUCUCGCCGCUGGCGGGCCGGCCAGUGCCGCUCCCUGGGCGAGGCCGUGUCUACCGCGGCGCAGACACUGCCUGGCUGCGCGCUGCUCUGCGCCCUCGCUCUGCUGGGCAGCUGGUCCACAUGCUAGUCUCCUGGCACAGGACAGCACAGGGGCGUCUCGCUGGCGGCCCGGCCAGUGCCGCUCCCUGGGAGAGGCCGUGUCUACCGCGGCGCAGACACUGCCUGGCUGCGCGCUGCUCUGCACCCUCGCUCUGCUGGGCAGCUGGUCCACAUGCUAGUCUCCUGGCACAGGACAGCACAGGCGCGUCUCGCUGGCGGGCCGGCCAGUGCCGCUCCCUGGGCGAGGCCGUGUCUACCGCGGCGCAGACACUGCCUGGCUGCGCGCUGCUCUGCACCCUCGCUCUGCUGGGCAGCUGGUCCACAUGCUAGUCUCCUGGCACAGGACAGCACAGGCGCGUCUCGCUGGCGGGCCGGCCAGUGCCGCUCCCUGGGCGAGGCCGUGUCUACCGCGGCGCAGACACUGCCUGGCUGCGCGCUGCUCUGCACCCUCGCUCUGCUGGGCAGCUGGUCCACAUGCUAGUCUCCUGGCACAGGACAGCACAGGCGCGUCUCGCUGGCGGGCCGGCCAGUGCCGCUCCCUGGGCGAGGCCGUGUCUACCGCGGCGCAGACACUGCCUGGCUGCGCGCUGCUCUGCACCCUCGCUCUGCUGGGCAGCUGGUCCACAUGCUAGUCUCCUGGCACAGGACAGCACAGGGGCGUCUCGCUGGCGGCCCGGCCAGUGCCGCUCCCUGGGCGAGGCCGUGUCUACCGCGGCGCAGACACUGCCUGGCUGCGCGCUGCUCUGCACCCUCGCUCUGCUGGGCAGCUGGUCCACAUGCUAGUCUCCUGGCACAGGACAGCACAGGGGCGUCUCGCUGGCGGCCCGGCCAGUGCCGCUCCCUGGGCGAGGCCGUGUCUACCGCGGCGCAGACACUGCCUGGCUGCGCGCUGCUCUGCACCCUCGCUCUGCUGGGCAGCUGGUCCACAUGCUAGUCUCCUGGCGCAGGACAGCACAGGCGCGUCUCGCCGCUGGCUGCCCGGCCAGUGCCGCUCCCUGGGAGAGGCCGUGUCUACCGCGGCGCAGACACUGCCCGGCUGCGCGCUGCUCUGCGCCCUCGCUCUGCUGGGCAGCUGGUCCACAUGCUAGUCUCCUGGCGCAGGACAGCACAGGCGCGUCUCGCCGCUGGCUGCCCGGCCAGUGCCGCUCCCUGGGAGAGGCCGUGUCUACCGCGGCGCAGACACUGCCCGGCUGCGCGCUGCUCUGCGCCCUCGCUCUGCUGGGCAGCUGGUCCACAUGCUAGUCUCCUGGCACAGGACAGCACAGGGGCGUCUCGCUGGCGGCCCGGCCAGUGCCGCUGCCUGGGCGAGGCCGUGUCUACCGCGGCGCGCACACUGCCUGGCUGCGCGCUGCUCUGCACCCUCGCUCUGCUGGGCAGCUGGUCCACAUGCUAGUCUCCUGGCACAGGACAGCACAGGGGCGUCUCGCUGGCGGCCCGGCCAGUGCCGCUGCCUGGGCGAGGCCGUGUCUACCGCGGCGCAGACACUGCCUGGCUGCGCGCUGCUCUGCGCCCUCGCUCUGCUGGGCAGCUGGUCCACAUGCUAGUCUCCUGGCACAGGACAGCACAGGGGCGUCUCGCUGGCGGCCCGGCCAGUGCCGCUCCCUGGGCGAGGCCGUGUCUACCGCGGCGCAGACACUGCCUGGCUGCGCGCUGCUCUGCGCCCUCGCUCUGCUGGGCAGCUGGUCCACAUGCUAGUCUCCUGGCACAGGACAGCACAGGGGCGUCUCGCUGGCGGCCCGGCCAGUGCCGCUCCCUGGGAGAGGCCGUGUCUACCGCGGCGCAGACACUGCCUGGCUGCGCGCUGCUCUGCGCCCUCGCUCUGCUGGGCAGCUGGUCCACAUGCUAGUCUCCUGGCACAGGACAGCACAGGGGCGUCUCGCUGGCGGCCCGGCCAGUGCCGCUCCCUGGGCGAGGCCGUGUCUACCGCGGCGCAGACACUGCCUGGCUGCGCGCUGCUCUGCACCCUCGCUCUGCUGGGCAGCUGGUCCACAUGCUAGUCUCCUGGCGCAGGACAGCACAGGGGCGUCUCGCUGGCGGCCCGGCCAGUGCCGCUGCCUGGGCGAGGCCGUGUCUACCGCGGCGCAGACACUGCCUGGCUGCGCGCUGCUCUGCGCCCUCGCUCUGCUGGGCAGCUGGUCCACAUGCUAGUCUCCUGGCACAGGACAGCACAGGGGCGUCUCGCUGGCGGCCCGGCCAGUGCCGCUCCCUGGGAGAGGCCGUGUCUACCGCGGCGCGCACACUGCCCGGCUGCGCGCUGCUCUGCGCCCUCGCUCUGCUGGGCAGCUGGUCCACAUGCUAGUCUCCUGGCACAGGACAGCACAGGGGCGUCUCGCUGGCGGCCCGGCCAGUGCCGCUCCCUGGGCGAGGCCGUGUCUACCGCGGCGCAGACACUGCCCGGCUGCGCGCUGCUCUGCGCCCUCGCUCUGCUGGGCAGCUGGUCCACAUGCUAGUCUCCUGGCACAGGACAGCACAGGCGCGUCUCGCUGGCGGCCCGGCCAGUGCCGCUGCCUGGGCGAGGCCGUGUCUACCGCGGCGCAGACACUGCCCGGCUGCGCGCUGCUCUGCACCCUCGCUCUGCUGGGCAGCUGGUCCACAUGCUAGUCUCCUGGCACAGGACAGCACAGGCGCGUCUCGCUGGCGGCCCGGCCAGUGCCGCUGCCUGGGCGAGGCCGUGUCUACCGCGGCGCAGACACUGCCCGGCUGCGCGCUGCUCUGCACCCUCGCUCUGCUGGGCAGCUGGUCCACAUGCUAGUCUCCUGGCACAGGACAGCACAGGGGCGUCUCGCCGCUGGCGGCCCGGCCAGUGCCGCUCCCUGGGCGAGGCCGUGUCUACCGCGGCGCAGACACUGCCUGGCUGCGCGCUGCUCUGCGCCCUCGCUCUGCUGGGCAGCUGGUCCACAUGCUAGUCUCCUGGCACAGGACAGCACAGGGGCGUCUCGCUGGCGGCCCGGCCAGUGCCGCUCCCUGGGCGAGGCCGUGUCUACCGCGGCGCAGACACUGCCUGGCUGCGCGCUGCUCUGCACCCUCGCUCUGCUGGGCAGCUGGUCCACAUGCUAGUCUCCUGGCACAGGACAGCACAGGCGCGUCUCGCUGGCGGCCCGGCCAGUGCCGCUGCCUGGGCGAGGCCGUGUCUACCGCGGCGCAGACACUGCCCGGCUGCGCGCUGCUCUGCACCCUCGCUCUGCUGGGCAGCUGGUCCACAUGCUAGUCUCCUGGCACAGGACAGCACAGGGGCGUCUCGCCGCUGGCGGCCCGGCCAGUGCCGCUCCCUGGGCGAGGCCGUGUCUACCGCGGCGCAGACACUGCCUGGCUGCGCGCUGCUCUGCACCCUCGCUCUGCUGGGCAGCUGGUCCACAUGCUAGUCUCCUGGCACAGGACAGCACAGGGGCGUCUCGCUGGCGGCCCGGCCAGUGCCGCUCCCUGGGCGAGGCCGUGUCUACCGCGGCGCAGACACUGCCUGGCUGCGCGCUGCUCUGCACCCUCGCUCUGCUGGGCAGCUGGUCCACAUGCUAGCCGCCAGUCGCCAGUCUCCUCGGGGCAAUAUCACGUCUGCUAAUUAUUUAUUUAUAUUUUAUACCAACAAUCAUUUUUUCUAUCAGAAAAAAACUUGACGUUGAUUUUUGUAAAGUUGUUGUUAAAUGUAAGUAAUGUGCAAUAAAUAAACAAAUGAGGAUUGGAAA